AUGAUUCAUCGACUUCUCGUUUCUUCCUCCACUCCUUCAAAUUUAUCUCCAGUUUCUGAAUUUGAUAAUGGACGAAUAUGUUAUCGUUUACCCCAAACAAAACUUAUUGCAGUAUAUUUAUCUGGAGGAUUGUUUGCUAUAGGAUGGUGGGCAUUUAUUGAUGCUUUAGUAUACAACCGCGUUAACGUUACUAUUGAAGAAGUUAUAACUGGUAUUAUAACGACUCUUGGAAUGAUUAUAGUGGCUUUGAUUGAUAAAUCUAUUUUUAGUGGUGAAUUUUAUAUAUUUCCACGUAGGAUGCUCUGGAGAGCACGCCUAUACUUAUUUUUUGGUUUCACUCUUUUGGUUGGUGGUUUAAUAGGUUCAGUGUUUUAUUUCGUAUACAAGUAUCUUAUAAAUCAUUAUUAUACAUCCGAUAAUGAGUAUUAUUUUGGGGUAGCUGUAGUAGUUCAAAAUGGUUGCAUAUUAAUGAGUUCGUUGAUACUUUUAAUUGGACAAUAUUCGAAUAAUGAAGCCAAAUAUGAUUUCCUUUGA